UGGCUUUCUUUUCCCGUCGCGGCGUUGCCCUAGCAACCAGACUACUGGGACGCGGCGGCCUGGCCUUUAGGCCACUGACUACCGAACCCUGGGGCUCUUCACCAGCCCAGCUCGCUUCCAGCACCAUGUCGGUGCGGACGCUACCGCUGCUCUUCUUGAACUUGGGCGGGGAGAUGCUUUACAUCCUGGACCAACGGCUGCGGGCCCAGAACAUCCCGGGAGACAAGGCCCGCAGAGAUGAAUGGACAGAGGUGGACAGAAAACGAGUUCUGAAUGACAUCAUCUCAACCAUGUUCAAUAGAAAGUUUAUGGAGGAAUUAUUCAAACCCCAAGAGCUCUACUCCAAGAAGGCCCUGAGGACUAUCUAUGAGCGCCUGGCCCAUGCCUCCAUUAUGAAACUGAACCAGGCCAGCAUGGAUAAGCAGCUCUAUGACCUGAUGACUAUGGCUUUCAAAUAUCAAGUAUUGCUGUGUCCCCGACCCAAGGAUGUGCUGCUGGUCACUUUCAAUCAUUUAGAUACCAUCAAGGGAUUCAUCCGAGACUCCCCAACCAUCCUGCAGCAAGUGGACGAGACUUUCCGGCAGCUGAUAGAAAUAUAUGGUGGUCUUUCUGCAGGGGAGUUCCAGCUGAUCCGGCAGACGCUCCUCAUCUUCUUCCAAGAUCUGCACAUCCGAGUAUCCAUGUUUCUAAAGGACAAAGUUCAGAAUAAUAAUGGUCGCUUUGUGUUGCCAGUGUCUGGGCCUGUUCCCUGGGGAACUGAACUUCCGGGACUCAUCAGAAUGUUCAACAACAAAGGUGAAGAAGUGACGAGGAUAGAGUUCAAGCAUGGUGGAAACUAUGUCCGAGCGCCCAAAGAAGGUUCUUUUGAACUUUAUGGAGACCGAGUCCUGAAACUGGGAACUAACAUGUACAGCGCGAAUCGGCCUGUGGAAACCCAUAUGUCUGGAUCAUCAAAGAACGUAGCCUCAUGGGCCCAGGAAAGCAUUGCUCCAAACCCUCUUGCUAAAGAAGAGCUGAAUUUCUUGGCCAGGCUAAUGGGAGGGAUGGAGAUUAAGAAACCCAGCGGCCCGGAGCCUGGAUUCCGCUUGAAUCUCUUUACCUCCGAUGAAGAAGAAGAACAAGCAGCGCUAACCAGGCCUGAAGAGUUAUCCUAUGAAGUUAUCAACAUACAAGCUACGCAGGACCAGCAACGGAGCGAGGAGCUGGCACGAAUCAUGGGGGAGUUUGAGAUCACGGAGCAGCCGAGCCUGAGCACCAGCAAGGGGGACGAUUUGCUCGCCAUGAUGGAUGAAUUAUAGCUGUUCUGACAGGCAUCCUCUGCUCCCUGGGAGUGGCUGCUGGAUGGUGACCCCUGGGGAAUGCCCCAGGCGCAAAAUGAUGCUGCUAGUUUUCUAGUGAGUGAAACCAUUACAUCUAGUUCUUGUUUAUGUUGCAAGGAACUCUGUGAGUCUCCCUUGGGGAGCAUUCUCUCUCGAAGGCACACACAUACACAUAUUUUCAGUGAAAUAUAUUCUGACUUUUAAACUUG